AGUAAUGAGAUCAUUACUGCUGUGCUGAGGAUCCAAAUUCCAUUUUUUGUUCUUUUUACCACACCAGUCAGUUUUAUAUAAAGCCACUAGAAUUUUUCCACGUUACUUUUGUUUCCUCUUUGGACCCAUCCCAAUCCAACAAAAGUCACAUACCCUUUUUGUUUUCUAUAUCCCAUUUGGUUCUCUAUUUUCACAUCACCUGAAUCUUUCUCGAAUAUUGAUUGGAUCACUGUUUUAGAUAGAUCUUCCUUUUCUGAUUCUGGAUUUUGGAUUCUUCUCCUCUCAACAUCAUCACUACUCAACAGAGAUGAGUGUGGGAAGAAUCGUAUGAAUAGUUAGCACCUAUGCCUGAUAUGACUUUUUGAGAAAAGGCUUCCCAAAUAGAUGCAAAGAUGGAAAAGAAACGAAAGAUUGUGCAGUAUAGGGAGAAGUUGGAUAGGACUCUUGCCUCACCUGAUCUUACAAAUGUUGAGAUUCUCAAAAAUCUUGUAAAAAGUCAACUCCUACCAUCGUCAGAAUUAGAAGAUGAAGAAUAUAAGGAGAAAUUAGUAGAACAUAAGACUGCAGAAAUAUCUAACUUUCUUGAUAUGUUAAGGAGUACUUCAGAUGAUCAUGGAAGGUCUAAUACAUCACACAAUGAUUGGAAACUAAAACAGGAUGGCGAAGAGUUCCGUGUUAUGUAUCGUGAAGGACCGGAGGGAACUCCCUAUCAUACAAUGCUAGUGGAGGGCUUUGUGGAUGCACCUGUUGAUGUUUGUUUAUGUAUCUCGUGGCAGACAUCCCUUUACAAAAAAUGGUGGCCUCAGUCUACUAUUCCUACUUUCAAAAUCUUAUCAUGUAAAUGCUUACAGAAGGUCCAGAUUGGGGAACAAAUAUCACUAGUGAGGAUGAAGGUUUCAUGGCCUCUGUCUUUGAGGGAAGCUGUAGUGCACUAUUAUUUGUUUGAGUACUUUCAAGAUGACUUAGUUGUUGUUCUUACAAAUUCGGUCUCGGAGUCAAAUAGUGUCACAGGGACCCUUCCUGGUUUCAACAGUGACGCAAUUCCUGAAGCAAAGGAUGUCGUGAGAGUUGAUUUAGUGGGAGGCUUUGCUUUGCAAAAGUUGACUUCAGAAAGAAGUUACUUUCGGACAAUAGCAAAUAUGGAUGUAAAGGUUGAUUUCGUUCCUCCAUCCUUGAUAAACUUUAUUUCAAGGCAGCUCAUUGGCAAUGGUUUCAGACUUUAUCAGAAGGUUGUGGCUUCUGUGAUGAGCCAUGAUAAAGAAGAGUUCAGCAACGCCUUGGGGGAUCCAUUGUAUGCUAGAAUUCGCGAAGCUCUAUAUAGCACUACUACCAGUGGAUCAGAGGAUGUGAAUAGCACAGAACUUCAGCAAGUUGCAAGAAUUCAUCCUGCUGAAGGUCUUGUUGAAAGUAAUCAAGGUGGUGAAAAAGGUGUAUCUAAAGAGGAUAAAAGAAAUCAAUGUUCAAAUAAUAUCAUGUCAUUUACAACAGAUGCAACAGUACUAGAAAAUGGGAAAGUAUUUGGUGAGAUUGUAGAAUUAGGUAAGGAAAAGACUAUGCAAAGUGUGGAAGAUGAUGAGAAAGUAAAUGGCAUUUCAGAUGAAGUUGGUCCAAUUGUACAAAAAGGCAAGAGGAAUGUAUUUAUCCGCUCAGAUGUUGAACAAGCUCUAGAAACAUUAGAAAAGGCCAUUUCAAUGGUAAGGGAAUACCGAUUUCAUUCAGAGACGGCCUCUUCUAGCUUUGCCAAAGAAGAGUCCUCUUGCAUGAAAAAACAUGUUAGAGUUGAUUCAUAUCCUACAACAAAUGCUUGUGAUAAAAAUGAGAUUAGUGUUGAGGUACCAAAUAAUGAUACACAGGAGGGAACUUCAGAAGAAGCACCUUGGACUAACUCCGACGUCCAAAACUUAAGGAACACCGGAAUAAAUCCUAACAAAGUAAUUCGUACUUUAUCAGAGCAGCGACUUUCAAGAAUUACUGAGGCAAGCCAAGUUGGUUCAUAUUGUUUGGAAAGUCGAGAAAUUAUGGACCAGACAACAUGCCGAAACAAGCCAUUAAACACUAAUUUAGUCCAAGAAAUGUCUUCAAACAACAAAGGCAAAUCAAGAAGGCAGAAAAAAAUAAACACCAAUGUGACUCAAGGUAUGUCUUCAAAUGCACCAAAGAAGUUGAGCAGACAUAAAAGAUAUCAAAGAUAUCUGUGCUGUAGUUUUCCACAUUAAAGUGAGGAAAGAAGACAUGGUAUUUUGAGCCUUUGAGGCAUAUUGUCAAUAUGUAACCCCAAAUUUCGAUAACAUAAUACACGUUUUGUAUACCACAUGUGAGGAAUGCUCGAAUAAUUGAUUAGGUGAUCAAAUAUACGCAUACAUCGUUCUCCUUUAACCAACAACUUGGUUUCUAUUAGAAGAGGUCAAAUCCCAUAAACGGAUCUCAAAUUACCCGGAGGAGUUGGUUUCUACCGUUGUCCGUGGGGUUACUUUGAUUUACUCAAAAAGGGAUUCUCCUUUUUUUGUUUUGUCGGAAUCAUUAUUUCUAUUUAUUUUUUUACUAACCAUGUAAUCUAUGUAGACCAUGUUGUAUUUGUCAAUUUAUCUUCAUAAUGCCUCAUAAAAUUAGAAAUAAGGACUACAAACUUGUGCAUGCAAAUAUUCAUUGUAAUCUUCAUUUUUUUUUUAAAAUUAUUUUUACCACAAAAACAA